UAAAGUGAGUGGCUGGACUCCUAUUUCAAAGAGUAAGUGGAGAUCCACAAAUAGAGAUAUUGGCAUCUGGAUGGGGUGGCAGUUUGAUAGUGAAAAUACAAGGAGAGGCAAAUCAAGACGCGCAUUUACCUGAGGGUCACACUCCCGUAACUGGAUUACUACAACUUUUCAUUCAGCACGCUUGACAUCGCCCGAUCGCAGCCGGCUGCAACUUAGUGACUUGCAGCGUAUUUCCAUCUAGAUGAACUGGGAUAGCUGGGGACAACACUCUGCCUCCUCUGCAGAUGACCGCAGGCCUCCAGAGAGGCGAGAGGAGAAGUGAGCAGUGCUCAGACACCCAUGGCUACGAAGGGUAGCUCUCUCCCUGGGUUGCUGCUGGCCUUGCAGGGAUUGCUGAUUCUGCAAGAUGUGGGGACGGCCAGCAGAGUCGCUGGGUGGUCAGAGAGGUCACUGUGCCACAAAGCAGGGCAUCCAGUCAUCACUCACUCAGAAAUUGAACCAUGGCUUUAUCAUUUUGAAGCUGAAAAUACAGUGGAUUUUUCCCAGCUAACAUUUGACCCGGGCCAGACAGAACUGAUUGUUGGAGCAAGGAAUCGGCUCUUCAGGCUGGAAAUAGAGGACCUGUCACUGAUCCAGGAAGCAGAGUGGGAGUGCGAUGAAUUCACCAAAAGAGCGUGCUUCAGUAAAGGCAAAUCAGAGGAAGAAUGCCAGAAUUAUAUUCGUGUCCUACUUGUAAAUGGAAACAGGCUCUUCACCUGCGGAACCAAUGCAUUUACUCCCAUUUGCACCAACCGCACGUUGACAAAUUUGACAGAAAUCCACGAUCAGAUAAGUGGGAUGGCUCGAUGUCCCUACAACCCCCAGCAUAACUCCACUGCCUUGAUCACGUCUAACGGAGAGCUUUAUGCAGCAACCGCCAUGGAUUUCCCAGGGAGAGACCCUGCCAUCUACCGAAGUCUUGGUGGGCUUCCUCCUCUUCGGACUGCACAAUACAACUCCAAGUGGCUCAAUGAACCAAAUUUUGUCUCAUCUUAUGACAUCGGAAACUUCACAUACUUCUUUUUUCGAGAGAUCGCAGUGGAGCAUGACUGUGGAAAAACAAUCUUCUCCAGGGCCUCUCGCGUGUGCAAAAAUGACAUUGGAGGCAGGUUCCUCUUAGAAGACACCUGGACAACCUUCAUGAAAGCUCGCCUCAAUUGCUCCAGGCCUGGUGAAAUUCCUUUCUACUAUAAUGAGUUACAGGACACUUUCUUCUUACCGGAACUUGACCUGAUUUAUGGCAUCUUCACCACAAAUGUAAACAGCAUUGCCGCCUCAGCAGUGUGCGUUUUCAAUCUGACUGCGAUUACCCAAGUGUUCAAUGGACCUUUCAAAUACCAGGAGAAUUCUCGCUCUGCCUGGCUGCCCUAUCCCAACCCCAACCCCGACUUCCAGUGCGGCACCAUAGACUACGGACUGUACAUGAACCUGACCGAGAGGAAUCUCCAGGAUGCGCAGAAGUUUAUCCUGAUGCACGAAGUGGUGCAGCCAGUCAUUCCUAUCCCCUUCUUCAUGGAGGAUAACAGCCGCUUCACUCACAUUGUGGUGGACGUGGUUCAGGGCAAGGACAUGCUCUACCAUAUUUUUUAUCUAGCAACAGAUUAUGGUACCAUCAAGAAAGUCCUUUCUCCACUGAACCAAUCAACGGAUAGCUGCUUGUUAGAAGAAAUUGAGCUGUUCCCACCCGGCAAACGACAGUCCAUCCGAAGCCUGCAAAUUCUUCACAGUAAAAGCAUACUGUUUGUAGGACUCCGAAGCCAUGUGGUAAAGAUCCCGCUAAUGCGCUGCAGCUUCCAUAAAACCUACAAUGCCUGUGUUGGAGCUCGAGAUCCAUAUUGUGGAUGGGAUCUAGUACUGAGAAAAUGCACGACUCUGGAAGAGAGCCUCAGUAUGAGUCAGUGGGAACAGAGUAUUACUGACUGCCCAACAAAGAACAUGACAGUGGAUGGACGUUAUAGCCCUUGGUCACAAUGGAAGCCUUGUAGCCACUCUGAUGGAGGGAGUGUUGGAUCCUGCUUUUGUAGAACAAGAUCUUGUGACAGUCCUGCACCACAGUGUGGUGGUCAGCAAUGUGAAGAUGCCAGCAUGGAGGUUGCAAACUGCUCCAGGAAUGGAGGAUGGACCCCUUGGACGGCCUGGUCUGUAUGCAGCACUAGCUGUGGAAUCGGCUUCCAAGUGCGACAGCGAACGUGCAGCAACCCAACACCUCGCCAUGGAGGGAGAGUUUGUGUGGGCCAAAACAGAGAGGAAAGAUAUUGUAAUGAACACUUGCCCUGUCCUCCACAUAUGUACUGGUCAAGCUGGGGCGCUUGGGAACGUUGCACAGUUCCAUGUGGGGGCGGCGUACAAGCUCGACGUAGGACCUGUGAGAAUGGAAACGAAUGUCCAGGUUGCAAUACGGAGUACCAGUCCUGCAAUUCCAUGUCAUGCCCUGAAAUGAAGAAGACUACUCCAUGGACACCAUGGACCCCUGUCAAUAUAUCAGACAAUGGAGGGCAUUAUGAACAGCGCUUCAGGUACACAUGCAAAGCGAGGCUGGCAGAUCCCAGUCUUCUGGAAGUUGGGCGACAGCGAAUAGAGAUGAGAUACUGCUCUAGUGAUGGAACAACGGGAUGCUCCAUGGAUGGCGAUCUCCUGAGAUCAGGAAGAUUUUCAGCUCACACUAUAAAUGGUGCCUGGUCAUCCUGGAGUGCUUGGUCUCAAUGUAGUAGGGACUGCAACAGAGGAAUCCGUAGUCGCAAACGUGUAUGCAACAAUCCAGAACCCAAAUAUGGAGGCAUGCCCUGUCUUGGACCUUCUCUGGAAUACCAAGAGUGCAACAUCACUCCAUGCCCAGUGGAUGGCGAUUGGUCGUGCUGGUCUUCUUGGUCUAAGUGCUCCGUGACCUGUGGAGGCGGGCACUAUAUGCGAACUCGGACCUGCACCAAUCCUGCACCAGCCUAUGGAGGUGACAUCUGCCUGGGGCUGCACACAGAGGAGGCUCUGUGCAACACUCAACCUUGUCCAGAGAGUUGGUCAGACUGGUCUGAAUGGUCGGAGUGCGAUUCAUCUGGUGUACAGUUUCGGACUAGGCACUGUGACAUCCUUUUCCCAACUGGAAACCAAUGCUCCGGGAACAGUACAGAAACAAAAACCUGCAUCUCAGAGUCAAACUUCAUACCUGAAAUCUCAAUUGCACGUUCAAGCAUGGAUGACAGGAGAUGUGGAGAGUUCAACAUGUUCCACAUGAUUGCUGUUGGACUAAGCAGUUCCAUUUUGGGAUGUUUAAUUACUCUCCUCAUCUAUACUUAUUGUCAACGAUACCAACAGCAAUCCCAUGAUGCCACUGUCAUCCACCCAAUAUCAGCUGCUCCACUUAACACCAGCAUUACCAACCACAUUAACAAGCUUGAUAAGUACGACUCUGUGGAAGCCCUUAAGGCUUUCAAUAAAAAUAAUCUAAUCUUGGAAGAGAGAAACAAAUACUUUAAUCCCCACCUCAAUGGGAAGACCUACACUAACACCUAUUUCACAGAUCUCAACAGCUAUGAGGAGUACUAGCGAGGGCCGUGUACUCCAGACAGUCAGAUGGCUCUACCAAAUUGAUAUUAAAAAAACUAUUAGAAAACCACCCCGACUUAUACCGCUUUUUGGUGAUGAAUUAUAAUGUUUGUGCGAGAUGAAGGGCGUGAGAAAUGGAAGCCCUUUAUCAGCAGACAAUUCCCAGCAAAGAAUGAUGCAGCAAUCUGACUUGCACUCUUUACCAGUAGGACUCAACUCUCAACCCGGAGAGACCAUCUGUGUUUAAAUAAAGGGCGUAAUCAAAUCUCUGGAAAUGAAUCAGUCUGCACUCCUUGAGGAUAAAGACUGCUGAUUUUACUGUACAGUACGUUCAUUCUGAAUAGAGGAGUAGAUGGAAGUGAACUACUUCCAUUUUUCUUCAAUUUUGUUUGAUUUGAUGCCUCUCUGAAGAAGCCAUGAGGCUUUUGACAAGGAACUACAUGGAAAUGAUGCUUUGUAUUUUGUCUGGCAGUAGUAUGUUAACUGUUCAUAUGUAGAGACAGAAAUGUGAACCUGCUUUGUGUUUGUUCGAUGUAUAGUACUGUCAUGAACAUGCUGACAUGUUUUAUUCGAUUGCAAAAAAGAUUCUGGACAGCAGCUUGUCAUUGCUAUAAACCUUAAUGCUUUCUGAAUAAUUGUCUCCAUAAAUACAGAACUGGUUGAUAUAAAAAUGGUGAUUUUUUUUUUUAUUUAUUUUGAUAAUGAUUGUGGAUUAUAAAAUAUAUAGCAUAUGAUCUUUCUGCCACCUGUAAACUAGGCUUAGCAUAAGCUUAACACUACGUUGCUGUACUUUGGUACCUUUUCCUGUUUCUAUUUUCAAGUUCUUUAUUUAAGACUAUCUGCAAAUUUGGAGUGAUUAAUUUUUAUUCUAAUAAUUUUCUUUCUUAGGCCAUUUAUUCUUAUGUGGAAAUAUUUGGGAUAUACAAAAAAUGAGCUUCAUCUCAAGUCAUUAGUAAAAUUCACAUUGUACUCAUGGGAAAUAUUAUGUAAUGAGCUCUCAUUUUUUUGUUGCAGUGCAAAGCAUAUUUUGAAACUUCUUAUUUUUAAAGAAAUAAAUAUUAUCACUUUACAA